CUUAUCACUUAUAUUAAAAUUUAUAUUUUUUGCGAUCCUACCUCAAACAAAAUCUAUCAAUUUGCAACAAGACGAUGCUCGGGCUAAAACCACAAUUGUUGUUAACAGUGGUAGCUUCGACUGACGUCAUCAGUAUCCCUGACAGUGUGUCUAGAUCACUUAGCGUAAUCCGCGAUUUUCAAUAAAUAAUUGUGUUAAUCAGUCAAGUAAAGGGCGCAUUUAAUGAGCUGAUUUGGUUGCUGACGUCUGCUGAAUUUACCUCAAGCUUGAAACUAUUUGUAAUUUAGGCUGAAUGUGUUUAUAAACCAAGCUGUAUACGUAUAUGCAUAUGAAUAUAAAAAUAUACAUUUUUAUGCAUGGCUACUUUAAACUUAGUGUAUUUCUGACAACAUGUUAUUGCUACCAAUCACUUCUGGCCCCAGUAAACGUUCAUCUUGAGCUUGGUGAUUUAUAGAGGAGACAGGAAUGUUUACAUGAUAACCUGUUUGGCCUAAAGUGGGACUGUCUGAUCUGAGGUGAACUGUUGGGCUGAAUGUUACAGGAGAAACAAAGUUUAUUGUGUCUUCUUAUUUUCAUUGUGUGCAUACAUGAUGCAUGCAUGAUAUUUGGCUGCCAAAGAACAAGGAAGUACAUAGUUUAACCAUUAACUGUCAGUUGCACUGCUAAAAAGCACAAAAUUCAACAGCCCAUGAACUCACAUGGAUGUUUGCUGCAUCAUCUUUAUGGCAGUUGGCAUCCCACUGUUGCUAUGCUGUCAUCCUUUGUUCGCUUUAUCCUCCAGCCCAGUUAUUGCCACAGCCUUUUGUUAAGGUCUGUGUAGAAUCCAUUGGUCAGCCUCCUUUGAUCAACUGCUUUUCUGCAUUCUUAAAUGUCCAAAACAUGUCUUCUUUUUCUGUCCGGGGUUUCCAGAAAACUUCAGCUGCUGCGUUGUGAUUGUCCGUUAAAUAUCAAACUGCACCUCUGAUACCGGAAAUGCAUAGUGGCUUAACUUUUGGCUGUUAGUUUGAGGAUUUGUUUAAUACACAGUGAUAAAAAAAGAAGUCAUUAGUAAAUUAAAAGCAUUGUCUUAGUCAAAGAAUUUGGAUGUUUCCAGGUUUGAAUCGGAGUUCUGUAAAUACCCAAAAGAAUGCCUUUCAGAUUCUGUCCAUACUGUGGGAUCAACUUGGAGCCUGAUUUCAGGUUUUGUCCGUGUUGUGGAAAGAAGCUGCUUCUUUCUGAAGAGGAAUCUGCAGAAGGGAGUUUGGAUGCGUCUUCAAGUUUUUCCUCGCAGGAAAGGGAUGAAGCAACUCCACCAGGAGCUGAAGAAUCACCUGCUUUAGACACAAAAUAUGAUCCAAUAGAUGCCAUGGCUCCUGAAUUAAGCACCUCACUUUUAGUAGCAGCUCGUCCUGGACUGCGAAAGACACGCAACUCCCUCCGUCUAGAAAGAGAAGUGAAGCUGAAUAUUACAGAUGCUGUUCUUCCUCCUGUCGGGGAUAAUAUAACUCAAGAUGAGAGCCAAGGAUCCAACAUAUCUCCAAAGAAGCACCACACUGUUAGUUUUGCAGAAGAAAAUGAGACAUUGUUGGAGUCUCCAGGUCACUCACACCUCAGGGGAAAGACCAAGCUGUCCAGUCCUGCUUCAAAACUGGUAGAAGGAGUGACGGCCGGAGUAAAAAGAGCCAGAUUGGAUUUGUCUUCAGGAGAUGUCUCUCUUGUCCUUUCUCCCGUUUGUUCACCAGGAGCUGGCUCUCCUUCUAAACAAACAGGGAAAAAUAAAAUGAAGAAGAUGAAGCACGCACCUGCUGUGAAGCCCCUUGAGGAAGGAGAAGAGGUGACAGACACAGUGGGCAAGAAGUGGAAACUGGUGAAGCUGCUCAGUCAAACUGUGACAGAGGUCAUUUAUGAAGUUGUUCAGUCGGCUUCCAGAUCAAAGGAAUCAUGUCAUGUUCUCAAACUGGGAUCCAAAGAUGGACGAAUCUUCACUGAGCAGAACUUUCUACAAAGAACUGCUAAACAGCCAAAUGUGGACAAGUGGAUCAAACUUAACAAGAUGGAUUUUCUGGGGAUUCCUAUAUGUGUUGCCUUUGGCCUUCAUGCAGAUUCUUACAGGUUUCUGGUUUUUCCAAACAUGGGCCAGCCUCUACAGUCUGUGAUUGAGGAAAACGAUGGUCUACCUGAAAAAACUGUUCUUCAACUGGCCUGUAGACUACUGGAUGUUCUAAUGUUUGUCCAUUCAAAUGAAUAUGUUCACGCCAAUAUUAGUGCAGAAAACAUCUACAUUGGUGCAGGACAGACAUCAGAGGUUUACCUUGCAGGAUACUACCAUGCCUUUAGGUACUGUCCCGCAGGCAAACAUGUUAAUUAUCGAGAAGAAAGCAGAACACCACACGAGGGUGCUCUGGAGUUCAUUAGCUUGGACACACACAAAGGAGCAGCACCUUCACGCCGCAGUGACCUACAGUCCCUGGGUUACUGCAUGUUGCGAUGGCAUACAGGUCGGCUCCCGUGGACAGACCUCACUCAGCCGGAACAGGUAGCCACCCUAAAACAAAGAUACAUGAAUGAUGUCCCUGCAUUGCUGGGCCAUUGCUUCAGUCAGGCAGAAGUGUCCAGUUCAUUUCAGUCUUACCUGAAUGCAGUGAUGGCUCUGCAGUACACUGAGCAGCCUGACUAUUCAUCCCUGAAGAAUGAACUUAGUACAGCCUUAUUACAGAUGGGAGGGUCAGUGGAGGAGCCGCUCAGUUUUUAGGUAAAAUGUCUGUCCAUUGGACAUGUCCCAGUCUCCUGUGAGUGAGUUUUAAAGUCUGAACCUCCUCCAAGAAUGAUAGAAGCUGACAACAACACACAACAAAGAGGCCACACAUCAAACUGUAGUGAUGACAUUAAUAAUAGGUGCGAAAAUAAGGUUUUUACUUAAACAUGAAUAUUUUUUAGAAACAGCUGACCAUGUGACAAGGACAUAGUCACCUCAUAGUCACCAUAAACAUUCUGUCUGAUACACACAGUUUUGUAAUUGAACGUGAUACGUAAUAUUGCCAGACUGAAAGACAGAGAUGCUCCCAGUGUGACAAACAUGAGUGAACGGUGAGACUGAACUGUUAGCAUUUCAUUGAGCUUACCAUUCACAGACGAGACACUGCUGUAAUAUUUAGAAAGGAAUCAACAAACGGAGCUGAACGCUGACUUUCGUGAAGUUUUUAUUUUUGCUGUGAUGCGUGAAAAAA